AUGGCGGCCGUGCCGUUGCCAUGGGGACCGGCCGGCGAGGCGGUUGCGGCCGUUGGCCGCGCGCUGCCCGCAGCCGUUGGCCGCGCCCGCCGCUGCGGGUGCGGGGGGACGCCGCGAGGCAGCUUGCCCGGCGGGGCCUUUUCCUCGCCGGGGCCGAGGGGCCGCGGCCAGGCCGCUCUUCCAGAGCCUGGCAGUGCCGCUUCGUCUUCCAGGGGCGCUUCUCGCCGCCUGUGGCAGGUGCUGCGGGGAGCGCCGCACUCGUGCACCCGCGCGCACCUCGGCUGGAUACUGCUGAAAAAGUAUCAAUUACCAAGAGAUCAUGAAUAUGCUUUUACGUUGGGUCUUCUGGAAAGAGAAAUUGACCAUGUACUUCAGCAAUUGCAUCAAGCACAAACACAAAAUCCGGAGGAAACUCUUUUCUCACAAACAUUACACCAGGAGAAUGAUAGAUGCAUUGAUCAGAAAGAAAUUGAUGAAGAGGAUGUUUGUCCCUUUUGUCAGGAGGAGUUACUGAAGGAAAUGCUUCCCAUCACUUAUCGCAGAUACAGCUGUGGUAACAAUGUUCACAUAAAAGGUAUGAAAAUUUGUGCUGAUCACCAAGAUGAACUGGAGAAUGACUCUGUAGUGAAGUGUUCACUUUGCAGAGAAAAAUUUGCACCUCUAAGACUCAUUCUAGAAUUUAGAAACUCUAAAUAACUUGUGACUGCAACAGAGAAAACAAGACUGGAUAGGCACCUUGGAAUCCCUUGUAAUAACUGCAGAGUAUUUCCAAUUGUAGGAAAGUGCUACAAUAAGUGUACUGAGUGUGUUGAGUAUCACCUAUGUCAUGAAUGUUUCACUGGCUUUUGCCAUCUCCAUGUUUUUAUUUUUAGACAGAAGAGAAAUAAGAAAUGAAGAGCUCUUCAACAGCUUUCAGAAUUAUCAGCCCAAGGAGGAACAUUUAAAAGCUUUAACCCAGGAAAUAAUUCUAAAGAAGAGCUAUUAUAUCUUCAGGAGAAUAAACAUAGUAAUUUACUUGCCCUGGGUAUUCAGUGUAGACUUUGUUUGAAGAGCUUUCAACUUGGUCAGCGUGUAAGACUCCUACCAUGCAAUUACAAGUUUCAUAGGGAACGUAUUGACAGUUGGCUACUGCAGCAAAGAAACACAUGUCCUAUUGAUGAAUAUGUUGUAUACAAUCCUCUGACUCGGAAGGAUACGCCAGCCACAUGGAAACUUCCCAACAGGUUGGCAAUUCAUGCAAAUCUUAGCAAACUUGCAAAGCAAGUGGAACCACAAAUCUGUGUAUCUGGAAAUGGAUUAUUUCUCAAGCAAAUAUCAUCUGAACAUGCAUCAGAAAUGAAGCUUCUCAAAAUAGCUUCAGAAAACUUUCUAACAAAGAUGUGCCAAAGUCCCAAAAGGAUUUAA